AACAUUGAACGGAGUGCACAUACAUUUUGUCUCGAGCUUUGCUUUCAUUUUUAUUUUGUAAAAAAAAAUGGAUUUUCAACUCAUAAAAAAAGUCAAUAUUCAAAUCCGAUCCCGGACCGUUUUGUCAAUAUUAAUAAAAAAUAAAUAAAAAAAGAAACAUUAAAAAUCCCUUGGAAAUAAAAUUUCUAUUUUUCUAAAAAGCACGUGUUGUCACAUAUAUAUUUAAAUUGUUGAAUUUAUCAUUGAAAAAAGAAUAUUUUGGAAUUAUUUUCUAUUUGUGUGAAAAUUAUACAGUGAGUUGUCACUCAUGUGUUUUUGAAAAUAAUGAAAAAAUAGAAGAGGGGGGGGGGAUAAAUAUGUAAAUAGAAAGAAAAUUAGAUUUUUUUGGAAUGGAAAAUAAUUUUUUUUUUUUUAAAUUGAAAAUAUUGUUGAUUGAAAGUGUAUGGGGGAUUCGUUGGACCAAUUUGCGUUUCCGCUACCGGGACCAGUUGCCCGUGAAGCCAGGUUCGAGGGAAACAGAGUGGAUGAUUUUCGCUAGCUAUAUAUGCAACUCCAUUCUCUAAGGUCUGUCUGCAUCCACAAGUCGGUGGGCCCCCGAAGGCUUCGUCAAGUAACAGUACAUUGCGUUUGCUAGUGUAUAAUCCCGUCUCUACUCUCUUUUUCUCUCUCUCUCUUUCUCAUUUUCUCUCUUUCUCUCUCACUUCCUCCCACCUUCGUCUGUCCGUCCGACUGUCCGAAGAACGGGACCAAUACUCCACGAGUCUAUAUAUUUCUUCCAUCUCUGUCUUUCUCACACCAACAUUUUAAAGUCUUCUUCGAAACCAGUUCAAUUCCCUGGACCUCAAACACUUUACAUCCUGUCUCUAAUGCCGGCAGGAUUCAGGACUACCAAUUUGUUUUUUUUUACUUGAAAAAAGCAAAAAUAUUUCAUCAGUUGAAUUCUGUUCAUUUUUCCUCAUUUCAAUAAUAAUUCUAUUUUGGACCAUUUUUCUUUUUGGUGCAAACAAUUGUCCUGGAACCGGAAUGAAAAGCACGUGUUGAGCGAGAACCGCGGGAAGAAUGAUGAUGCGCGCAUGUGUAUUAUAUGAGAUAAAAUCUCAUAAUUUGAUUUUCUAUUUCAAAAUAUUCCUAAUAUAUAUAUGAAAUCUAAAUUUCAAGAAAUUAAGCUUGAUUCAAUCUUGAUAAAGAUUUUAUUCCUAAUAGAAAAAAAUCCUAUGCGGAAAGUGUGAAUAAUUUUUGAAUAUAUUUUUUCUUGCUAAUACUGAACAUUAUAGUGAGAAAUAUUCUAAACAAGAAAACAGCAUGUCGAUGCUAUAUUUUUCGAUAUAUUGUCAAAUGAGACAAUUCCUUUGCUACUGAUGUCUAUAUCUUGUUAUAACUGAAAGUAUUGUAUAUUGUAAUAAAUAUCAAGAUAAUGAAAAGUGAUGACUAAUCAAGUGUUUAUCGGCUGGCAAAAGAUUUUGUGAGCAAGGAGAGCGAUUUCAGUUUCUGUUGUACAGUUGAAUAGGGACGAGUUCUCUAUUUAAUUUUUGACUUUAUAUUAUUAAAAUUAUUUGCAAAAUUGUGUUUUUGUGUUUAGUGAAGAGUGCUUUUACUUUUUUUUAAAUAUCAAAUGGAUAAAUUAUAGCGGAAAAUUUCUUUCAAGAUCGACGAAAUGAAGACCACACUACGAGCUUUAAGUUUUGAUGAUUCGUCAGUGGAAAGCUGUUCUCCCGUCACGACUGAUGUUGAAAUCACAUCCCUUGAAGAGGCAAGAACGGUUAUAGCUGCUCUUAAGGCAAGGCAGAAGGAGCAAGCAUCAGCGCAAGCAUACCAGACAUUUCAUUGGCGAAAGUCUUUAAAAUUGCAAGAGGAGAAGGUGGCCCGAUUAAGGAGAGAAAAAGGGGACUUAUUGCGAUAUAUUUCCUCUCAACUUCUUCUGUUCGAGUCACGUCUUUGUCGAAAGCAGAAAGAAAUUGAAGCAAAUUUGGCGCAAAGGGAAGCGAUUAUUUUGAAGCAGCAAAGAGUCAUUCGGCAAUUGCAGAGUAGAUUAUCUGAAAGAACUACUGACAUCAGAGAUUCUCCACCAUGUGAUGCUCUAGACCGUUUAGACAGUUUAGGAGACAGCGAUAGUGCUGUUGUUUUAGAAGAAACGACUGAUGACUUUUCAACACCUAGAUUUCGAUCGAAUAUAACUGACGUGACAGUUAUUCGAUCAGUAUCCGAUGCAGUUGAACCAUCCAGUAAGUACUUGUCAAUGAGACGAGUCAAUGGUUACCUUAGAAGGCCAGAAAUUUUAGAGACGGUUUAUUCUGUGGAAGAAGAUGGGGAUCAGGAUCCAGGGGAAACCUCUGAAAACACGGAGUGCGUUGAAAGAAGGACAAAAGGCCUUGGAUCUGUGAAAGGUCGUCUUCAAGACUUAUAUGGUAGUUUUGAGCGUCUUGCUCAAGAAACAGAAUCCCCACCACGUGAAAAACCAAGGGAUGAAAUUCAACAAGCUCAGAUUUAUAUGCAUUCUAGUCUCGAUGGCUUAAAGAAAAAUCUACUCUUAAAGAAUGAAGAUACUAAGUCGGCAUUAAAUUGGGCGGAGGUAACGUACAAUAGAGUGAUGAGUAACCACAGGUCGGUUACAAAACCUAAGGACGUUAAAUACAAAAGAAUUAAUAAAGCAAAAUCCAAAAGUUUAGAAGAACUUCGAGGAAGAUUAAGAAAUUGGGUAGAAAAAGGAAAUAAAAUUGCGAUAUCAUUGGAUCAGUCUUAUGCUUAAAUUGAAUUGAAUUUAUAUUCAAUUUAAUGUACGUACAAGAUUGAUAUCAAUUAUUUUUCUAAGCAAUUGUGAUAUAUAGGUACCUUGUUUAGUGCAUCAAAAAAAAAAAUUGUAAAUACACUUUUUAAAGUUUAAUGUCAGCGACUUUGUCAUCUUUUGAUAUUCUAAUUAAAAAAGAAAACAAUUUCAAGAUGUGAUUUCAUCACAUCUUCAGCUCAUUUCUAAUUAAGCAGACGUAACUCGUGCUGCCAUUUGUAAAAUUAGUCUCUAAUCUUCAACAUUCUCGAUUUUCCAAAAAAAAAAACGAAAAUUAUCUUGAUAAUGUCGAAAUUGGGAUUAAUUGUAAACCAUUGACGAGGAUUUUCGUCGAUUUUCCGACGAACAAAGUAAUUUUCAAUGAAAACCGAUUUGUUAAUUAUAAAUUUCAUCGUGACGAUAUAAUUUCACCAAAAACUAUUAUCGUCCCUCUCGCAGAAUAGUUCGAGAAAUUUUGUCAUUACAAAAUUUUAAAAAGAUAUAAACUAUAUAUUUUUCUAAAAACUAUAUUGUUAAACAGUAAAGAUUAAAUCUUCUAAAAUCAUUAAAAUAUUCAAACAUUUGUUUAUUUGUUUAAUUUAGUAUAAAAUUAUUUGUUUCUAUAAUAUUUAUUUAAUUUUGCAAUAUAAAGGAAUUAGAAAAUCUUCCGUUUAUGGCUGUCAAACAGUAUGAUUAGAGAUUUCUUCCUUUCUACACUUCUAGACGCGGUGAUUUUCGAAGAAAUGGAUCAAAAUUUGUCCUCCAAUUUUUUAUAGAGAAAAUUAUAAAUAUAAAAUAUUUAAUAUAUUUGAUUCAAAUAAUUUAUGCGAUCAAAUGUUGAGUUGAUUUUUUUGGUUUCAAUACCUGAUUUUAUUUUACUUAAACAUUUCUGAUAUUUUAAACUGUCUUCGACUUUGGAAUGUAUAAUUGCAAAUUGGAUAAAAUUGUAAGCAGAAUUUUAUUCUCCUCGUUGGAAGUGCCUUGUUUUCUUAUGAUUUUGCAUUUAAGCGCACGACUGUAUCGAAAAUAUUUUUUUUCUCGCCUUUAAAAGGUGUAAAUUUGUAAACAAUUAAUAUGUUUGUUUUCAACAAGAAAAAAUGUACUCAGUGUACCUUUCAAAGAGAGUCCAUUUUUUCUCUAUGUAAAUGUAUACUAAGUAUAUUUUUACAAUGCUGUGAAAAAAAAGUUAAAUAAUUCGACAAAUUUUUGUUUUAAAAAAACAAAUUAAUUCUUAUCACAUCAUGUCAUGAGUCUACCUCAACAUUUUCAUUAAAUAUCGAAGACCAUGAUUUUAAGCUUUCUUGUCAAAUCUACGCUUAUUGUUAAAAAAAAGUAUAUUCAAGCUUGUCAAACUAGAAUCAUAUUAAGAGUAAGUAGUUCAAAACUACCGACAAUCCGUAGUAAAAUUGUUAUUUACGUUUUAUUUUCCUCUAUUUAUUUAAUGACAUGAAAUUGAUUUUGAAAUGUGUUUUUAAAAAUGCAGAGGUGUUAUUAUCAAAAUUCACAAUCGAAAUCAAAUUUUAUGUUUCUAUUGUCUAGUUGAAGCCAUCGAUCUCUUGCAUAAUAAUCGCGUCCUCCGGCGUCACUGAUAAAUAAUAUAUAUAAAAAAAAUUAGAGAUAAAAUAAAAAAAAGUAUAGAUUUAUAAAAAAAACACUCAGAUUUCGAUCGCAGGAAGAGAAUAAAGACAUUGUUUGAGUGAAGAAAAAAGAUGAUAGAACAUUUACGAUACUUGUAAACUUGUUAAAAAACAACUGAAAUGAAUUUCUUUCUUAUUUAUGUGAAACUCUGAAUCGCGCAUGGUGUUGCUUUAAUAGCAGAUUUAUAAACUGCUAUGGAUAUUUAUUAAGAUUAUAAGAUUACAUUAAUUACAUCUAAGUCUUAAAUAAAGUAUUACAUUAGAAUAAAA